AUGCAUGUCGCUGUCAAGGUGUUCUGCAAGGCCGCCAUGGCCGGCAACAGCGGCCUGCUGGGACAGGCUGUGGCUGAGAUCCAGCUUCACGAGGAGCUGCAGCGGGAGGUGCUGCGCGACGGCGUGCCGCGCCUGCUGGCAGUCAACGAGGACGAGACGCACCUGCACCUCAUCUUCGAGUACGGCGGCAAGAGGCUGCUGCGAGAGGUCGUCACGCUGAGCGACGGGGAGCGGGGCGAGGUGGGCGACGCGAUCGUGGCGGCCGCGACACCCCUGCUGGCGCGCCUGCACGGCAAGGGUUUGUCGUACAACGACUUCAAGCCGGAGCAGCUGCUGCUGACAAGGCGCCCCGAUGGCGCGGGCUUCCGCGUCAACGUCUGCGACCUGGGGGCGGCGACGGCCCUGGGCAGCCCCCCCACAGCCUGCACCCCCAUCUACGCGCCCCCCGAGGCCGGCCCCGACAUGCUCAACUACAUCGCCCGCCUGCCGCACCCCAAGCUGGCCGACUCCUUUGGGGUCAAGUACGACUCGUGGGCCCUGGGCGCCACGCUGGUGGUGGCCCUGUUUGGGUCCAACCCGUGGGAGACGCCCGAGGCGCGCGCCAUCGCCGAUGACUACGACGCCUACGACUCGGCGGUGGUGGCGCGCAUCGUGGCGGCGCCGCGCGCGUACCGCGACCACGCCCAGUUUUCGGCGCUGCCGUCCGACGUGCGCGGCUUCCUUGACGCCGCCCUCGACCCCAACCCCGCCACCCGCGCCACGUGCCUGGAGCUGUGUUUCAGCGACUACGCGCAGCGCCUGGGCGUCCACGACUGGGCCACCACGCCAGAGGCGGCGCCGCUGCUGCGCGGCAAGGCGGAGCGCGCGGCGGCGGCGCUGGCGGCCGCGGAGGCUGAGCGCGCGUCCAAGGUGAGGGCGUUCUUUGAUGCGGCGACCGCUGAGCUUGAGGCGGCGGAUCAGCGCGGCGCGGCGCUGCGGGGCCGCGUGGCGGCGCUCGAAGAGGAGGCGCGGGCGGGCGCUGCGCGCGAGAUCAAGGCGGUCGUGGAGGGCUGCGGGGAGCCUCGCGCCCCCAGCCGCGCCAGCAGCCGCAGGCUCAGCCCCAACGGCGCCAGCAAGCUGGCGUGCGUUGACGUGGCUGCGCUCUUUGCCGCUGAGUGCGGCAGCAGCAGCUGCACGGGCGCCAGCGUCGCCACCCACGUGGCGGGCGCCAUGAAGCCCUGCGCUGUCUCAAGCGGGGCCGCGGUCCGCAGCACUGGCGAUGUGAGCUGCAGCGACGCACGCGGCGACGCGUGCGCGGCGCUCGACGCCGCUUCCAGCUGCGAGGCGGACGCGGCGGCCGCGAUUGCCGUCGUCACACUCACCAGCACCAGCAGCGGCGCCAGUAGCAAGCAGCUUUCGCUCAAGAGCGGCGGCGCCAAGAGCCCCUGCGCCGUCCGCGGCGGCCGCGAUAUGCGCACGCCCGCGGAGCGCGUUCAGGGCGCGGCCCACAAGCUGCGCAAGGAGGCCGGCAGGGCGGCGGCGGCCCUCAAGGGCGCCUUCUGCAUGCGUGCGCCUGCGGUGUACUGA